AUCUUAAAAUAAGGACAAACAUUCAAACUACAUCAAAGCUAACUUCUUAUACAGUUCUUUAUAACAUAUAAAUAUACGCAUACAAUGGGACAAGGACCUUCAUCGGGAAUUAUCAGUGGUCUAAUGGCCGAUACAAACUUCAAUCCUGAAGAAAUUGACCGACUUCGUAAACGAUUUAUGAAACUUGACCAAGAUCGACUGGGAGAAAUUGACAAGCAAGAAUUCUUAAGCAUACCUGGGGUGAGUUCGAAUCCGUUAGCUGCUAGGCUAAUGGAUGUAUUUGAUAUUGAUGGGAACGGGAAGAUUGAUUUCCAAGAGUUUAUUACAGGGUUGCUGGCCUUUAGUGGAAAAUCAAGCACAGAAGAGAAGUUGCGGUUUGCAUUCAAGAUCUACGAUAUUGAUAGAGAUGGGUUCAUUGGGAAUGGUGAGUUGUUUAUUGUCAUGAAGAUGAUGGUGGGGAACAAUUUGAAGGAUGAAGAGUUACAACAAAUUGUUGAUAAGACAAUGAUGGAAGCCGAUGGAGACGGUGAUGGCAAGUUAAACUUUGACGAGUUUAAACAUGCAGUUGAUUCCAACUCAAUUGCAAACAAAUUGACAUUAAAUAUGUUUUAGUGUAAAAUUAGUGACAUAGUAAAUACAAACUCAAGUAUACCCUCAGAAUAAGAGACUCGGAAAUUUU